UCUCAACAUUAAACAUGCAAAUCAAGAAUGCACGAUCUGCGCUUAUAACAAAUUAUGAAGUAUUGAGACUUUUAGAAGAAAACCAGCAAAACCAAAAACUAUUACAAGCACAAGAUCUGUCAAUUGAAUACUCAGAGAGUUUACGAACGGUGCAAUUUGAGUUGACAGAAUACUUGAAACAAACACCUGUAGGCUCACAAACACCAGCACAAGUGACCAACUUUCUGGAAGCUAUAUCACAAUUUGAUUUGACAAGAGCAGAAAAGCUUCAAAUACUUAAUUUACGGCCAAAGAGUGCAGUUGAGAUAUACUUGGUCAUUGAAGAGUGUGAAGAACGUUUCUCAGAAGAAGAUUUAGAAAAUAUGAUAAACAUAAUCAUGCAAACGUUGCCAAGAGAUGAUGAUUAUGUCAUGGAUGAAGCCGAAGGAGAAGGCUAUGAGGAAGGAGAGGAGGAAGAGUAACUUUACUAGAAUAAAAAAGGGAUCAUGUAC